AGACAAAAAGAUCUGAAGAUGAGAGGCCUUAGAGAAAAUCCCCCACUUCCAGCUGGCAGAGUGAUGACUCUGAUUGCUGAUUGACUGCACCUGGUUGAAGCAGAGCCCAUUGGGUGUAUAAAACCUGGAUACUGAGCUUUACACCAGUAGCAGCUUUUCCCAUUGUAGUACUAUUGACUUGUGAGCAUCAUCAGUCACAGCGGAGCACUUGUGUCAGAAUGUCCAAGAAAGUGCUGAUUGUGUAUGCCCAUGAGAGCUCUGCCUCUUUCAGUGCUGCUGCCAAAGAUGCUGCUGUGGCAGCUCUGACUGCUCAAGGCUGCACUGUAGAGGUGUCUGACCUGUACGCCAUGAAGUUCAAAGCUGCUGCUACUACUGAGGACAUCACUGGUGGCGUGAAGAAUGCUGAGAACUUCUGCUAUGCAAAGGAGAUCAAAUUGGCAUCAGAGGAGGGCCGACUUGCAGAUGACAUCAAAAAAGAGCAGGAGAAGCUCAAGGAGGCAGACCUCGUCAUCUUUCAGUUCCCCAUGUACUGGUCAUCUGUUCCUGCAAUCAUGAAGGGGUGGAUGGAUCGGGUGUUGGGCUUUGCCUACGCACAGGAGAAGCGGUACAGUGAGGGGAUCUUCAAGGACAAGAAAGCCAUGCUGUCCUUCACCACUGACUGUCCUGAAUCUGUGUACAGUGACACUGGCAUCAAUGGUGACAUCAAUGUCACACUGUGGCCACUGCAGAACGGGAUCCUGAACUACUGUGGCUUCCAGGUUUUUGCCCCUCAGAUCUUCUGGGAUCCUGCUGCUGGUUCUCCUGACUCUCGCAGCUCCAUGCUGGAGGGCUGGCGCACACGACUGCAAAACCUCUGUGGGGAAGCCACUGUGUACUUUGCUCCCUUGGACCACUUUGACAAGGAGAAGGGUUUCCUGAAGCCUGAGGUCAAAGAGAAAUAUGCCAGCAGAGAAUGUGGCCUCACAGUGGGGAUCCACAUGGGCAAGCCACUGCCAGCCAACAGCCAGACCAAGGCCGGGGUCUGACAAUGGAGUGGGUCCAUGUAAUGUCUUAAAAUGUGCUG